AUGGUGCUUGAGCUGCUCGGGUGGGUGCGUGCCAGCGACGUGGCCUCGUGGCGGGACCACUUCGACGCCCACGACGCGCGGCUGUGGCGCCGGACCUAUUUCCGCACGUGGCCGCCACCCUUGGCCUGUCCGUCAUCCACCACCGGCUCUGCCACCUCUGACCCCGAACCGGGCCACAGCGUGACUACGAUGGCAGAUGUGCAGGCCGCGCUGUACGCGGCAGCCGAGCUGGCUGGUCGGUACAGCGGCGGUGGUCAGCCGGCGGACAACAAGAAGCGGAAACGGGCUGAUGCACGACCGCCUGCACCCCAUUCCGGUCUGCGGGCUGGAGAGGAACCAGAAGAGGCGAACACCACUCAAAGAAAGAAGAUCAAGACGGAAAAGAACGAACACGAUGACGAGGGAGAGGAUUCGAAGAGGCAAAAAGGCGUGAAGAUGUGGGUUCGGGUUGCGAAGGUGGAGAACGAGGAGGAGGAGGAAGGGGAGGGCGAUGAUGAUGACGAUGAUCUGUGGCUGCCGCCGCUGGCAGACCAGGCCCACAUGGACGCUGUGCAAAAGGCCGUGGAAGAGGCCGAGGACAAGCUCGAGCGCCUGGGUCUCGCGGCGCGCCUGAGGAGGCAACUCGCCACCAUCAUCAGUGCCAAACACGAAAUCAGGUACAACACCGCGGUGGUGCCCUCGCUCCCGUUACCGCGCCGCUUGCUCUUGCUGCUCAAUCGGAACAUGCUCUAUGAUAAGAUCGACCUCACCACAGGAGACGGUGAUGCGGACCACACCAAGGUGUCGGUGGUGAUGUACAGCCUCGUCACGGGGCUUCCCCUGCGCAUGACCUACUCCUCCCGGCACCUCACGUGGACCAGCGACAAGCUCGAGGGCAGAGCCCAACGGUUCGAGAGAAAGGACGGCGACGCUCCGAUUCGAGCCAUGCUGAAGCAGCUGGUGACCUUCCUCUUCGGCGAAGACCGUACCCACGUGUUCACUCCCGUCGAUAUGGAGCACUACCUGCAGUCCAUCCUCGUGCACGAGCCCGACCACGGAAACUUCCUCUUCUUUUGGUGGCAGCUCGGCGACACAAUCUAA